AUGGGUGCUGCGCACCCGCCACCCAUACAUUCUCGUAGAGCACCCAGACCCCCGCCGCGCGCGACGCACCCACGCGCGCGGCCGAGUUAUAAAAUUCAUUCCGCCCGCCGCUUUCGGCAUCCACCGCAUCUCAGCACGCAAGACAAGAUGGCUCCAUCCAAGAAGGUUAACCCAGCUCCGCUAGCUGCCAAGUCCGGCAAGGCCGCCAAGGCCAAGAACCCAUUGACCGUGUCGUCGCCAAGAAACUUCGGCAUCGGCCAGGCCAUCCAGCCCAAGCGCAACCUGUCCAGAUACGUCAAGUGGCCCGAGUAUGUCAGACUGCAGAGACAAAAGAAGAUCCUGUCCAUGAGACUCAAGGUCCCACCAACCAUCGCGCAGUUCCAGCACACCCUGGACAGAAACACCGCCGCCGAGACCUUCAAGCUGUUCAACAAGUACAGACCAGAGACCGCCGCCGAGAAGAAGGACCGUCUGGCCACCGAGGCCGCCGCCAUCGCCGAGGGCAAGACCAGAAUGGAGGCCUCGCCUAAGCCAUACGCCGUCAAGUUCGGCUUGAACCACGUCGUCUCCCUCGUCGAGAACAAGAAGGCCAAGCUCGUGCUCAUCGCCAACGACGUCGACCCCAUCGAGCUUGUCAUCUUCCUGCCUGCGCUGUGCAAGAAGAUGGGCGUCCCAUACGCCAUCGUCAAGGGCAAGGCCCGCCUAGGCACCCUGGUCAACCAGAAGACCUCCGCCGUCGCCGCCCUCACCGAGGUCCGCGCCGAGGACGAGGCUGCCCUUGCCAAGCUCGUCUCCGCCGUCAACGCCAACUUCAUCGAGAAGUACGACGAAUCCAGAAAGCACUGGGGUGGCGGUGUCAUGGGCCCCAAGGCCCAGGCCAAGCUAGCCAAGAGAUCCAAGGCCUCGGAGGCCGCCUGA